UGAUCGACAUCAGGGACUUAGGAGACAGACGUAUUUCCUUUUUCUUGUUCGCUUUUUUCACAUAAAGACGCCUCCUCAGACUCCCAAUUUUGAGAUCCCUCCUUCUACCUCCACCAUGUCGUCUCUCACUACAGGAGCUAUCCCAAUCGCUAACUCAGCCGCUGCGACCCUCCUCAGCGCCUCUCAGAUCACCCCAGGAAAACCUCUUCCGCCUCUGACCGUGAAGGAGACAUCCCCGGAACACGCCGAAACUGUGUCUUUGACUGGGAAAAACAUCAUCAUCGGUGUACCAGGAGCGUUCACGGGAACGUGUAGCGCCCAAAUUCCGGGGUAUAUUGAGGAGUACGAGGCGUUCAAGGCUAAAGGAGUCGAGGGGAUAUAUGUUGUGGGGGUUAAUGAUCAGUUCGUGAUGAAUGCUUGGAAGGAGAAGCUCGCUCCCAACAGCACCCCUAUACACUUUCUGGCUGACGAUCAAGCUACGUUCACCGGUGCAACGGGCCUCGUUUUUGAUGCGACUCCUUUGCUAGGUACCCCUCGAUCCAAGCGCUAUGUCAUGAUUGUCAACGACAAUCAAGUUAUGUCUCUUGCAGUAGAGGAGGACCCAGACAAAGUCACCGUGACGAGUGCAAAGACGAUCCUGACCGCUCUGAGCUUCAUGUUCUGAGCAAAAGAGGUUUCGUGUAUAUCACGAUAAAGCGUACCUGCUGUAACACUAUUAAUAGAGAGACUCCUGUUUCAACUCGUAACGUGAGGAACGA